GGGACCUGCUAUGAUCGUAAACUGCUACUACGAGACAUGGGUAUUUGGUCCAUUAGCUUGUCAAAUUUACGGAAUGUGCGGAUCUCUUUUUGGCUGUAUCUCCAUUUGGACAAUGACAAUGAUUGCAUUCGACAGAUACAAUGUCAUCGUUAAAUAUAUUACUGGCAAGCCACUGACUCAUGGUGGAGCAAUCCUUAGAAUAUUCUUCGUCUGGGCUGCAUCCCUAUUAUGGACAUUGUUGCCACUUUUCGGAUGAAAUAGAUACACACCCGAAGGAAAUAUGACUGCAUGCGGUACUGACUAUUUGACACCAGGAUGGACUAGUCGCAGUUAUGUCUUAGUUUAUGGAAUCUGGGUCUAUUUCCUUCCACUUCUGUUAAUCAUCUACUCAUAUUACUUUAUCAUGCAAGCCAUAACUGCACAUGAGAAGAACAUGCGAGAACAGGCUAAAAAGAUGAAUGUUGCAUCCUUAAGAUCAUCAGAAAAUCAAGCACAGAGUGUUGAAUGCAAACUAGCCAAAAUAGCCUUAAUGACAAUCUCAUUGUGGUUUAUGGCUUGGACACCAUAUUUAGUCAUCAACUUUGCAUCAAUCUUUGAUAUGGCAAAAAUAACUCCUUUGGGUUCAAUCUGGGGCUCAGUUUUCGCUAAAGCGAACUCUAUUUAUAAUCCAGUAGUCUACGGUAUCAGCCAUCCUAAAUAUCGUGCUGCUCUCAUCAAGACAUUCCCAUCGUUGGUAUGCGGUGGAAAGGAUGACUUAUCUGACGCCCAAUCAUCUGGUACAGCUUUGUCAACUGUUUCUGAAGAAAAACCAGUAGCAUAA